AUGAUCUUCAAUGCUGAUGAGGCCCACAACAUAGUUAAGGAGUGCAUAGAAAGUGUUAUAGGCAAGGCAGAUUAUAAUCACAACAAAGUCAACCAGUGGACUGCUGCUAUAGUGGAACAGUCACUGACACAUCUAGUGAGACUUGGAAAAACAUACAAGUACAUUGUAACCUGUGCGGUGAUGCAGAGGAGUGGAGCUGGUCUUCACACAGCAAGUUCAUGCUUCUGGGAUACAACAACUGAUGGAACCUGCACAGUGAGAUGGGAAAACCGAACAAUGAGCUGCAUUGUCAAUGUGUUUGCUGUUGCUAUUAUCCUGUAGCUGACGGGGAGAUAAAUACACCGAAGCCUUUAAAAAAAAAAGCAUCCAAACACA